AUGCCAAAGAACAAGGAUUCCAUGAAGUACAUGAUAUGGCGGGUCGUCGUCUCAACCAUCUUUGAGUACAUCAUCAUGGUCAUGAUUGCCUGCAACACCAUACUACUCAUGAUGAAGUACACACCACGCUCAAAAAAUGCCUCAUUCGAGAGUUACACGUCCAUCCUGGCAGUCCUCAACAUGGCCUUCACCACGGUCUUCACUGUUGAGACCGUUCUUAAAAUCAUCGCGUUCGGUCUCAAGAACUACUUCAAGGACGCCUGGAACGUGUUCGACUUCGUGACCAUCAUCGGCAGCAUCACUGACGUCCUCUACACGGAGAUCUAUCAGAAGAUCAACGCUGUCGAGACCCUGGGACUCUUCAACUUUGGUUUCUUGAGACUGUUCAGAGCCGCUCGACUGAUCAAGUUGCUGAGACAAGGUUACACCAUCAGGAUACUCCUCUGGACUUUUGUUCAGUCCUUCAAAGCACUCCCCUACGUCAUCCUACUGAUCGCCAUGCUCUUCUUCAUAUAUGCCAUCAUCGGCAUGCAGAUUUUUGGUAACAUAAGACUGAAACCAGGAACGGAAAUCAAUCGUCACAACAACUUCCGCUCCUUUUUUGAUGGAGUCAUGCUUCUUUUUAGGUGUGCAACAGGUGAGAGCUGGCAGCAGAUCAUGUUGUCAUGCAUGAGCAAUCAGGAAUGCGAUCCCAUGACCAACUUCAGAGGGACCAACAUGUGCGGAUUGGAUAUCGCCAUUCCUUAUUUUGUGUCUUUCAUUUUCCUCUGCUCCUUUCUGGUAUAG